AUGAAUCUCAGCUGGCUACCUUGGCGCACGCAACGCCUUCACGCUGCCGUCAGAAGCAAGGCGACAUGGGGUUAUGUCAUUUAUCGCACCACUUACACUCCUCAAUCCGACACUGCAUUCUCCCAGAUCGUCGACCUACUCAACUCCUACAUCAAGGAUGAAUUGUUUUCAGAAUACGCUUCGACGCCAAAGAGUAAACUACACUGCGCAGAGCCGACUCCGUAUCAAGAGAUCUGGGCCCAACAUCUUCCAAUCAUCAUGGCCGAUCCGGCGCAGUUUGAUGAAGCUUCAAUAGACUCGAUUCGUGCUCAUUUUGAGUCCUGGGUGAAUUCGCGCGCGAAGCGAAAUUACACCACGUGUAUAGUGAUUGACGAUGAGUCACUACAGGCAUUUUCAGAUGCUCGGCUUUCGGAGAAGUCGGGGCCGCACAGGAAUGGGAUUCAGUCGAUCCGCUAUUUGAAGGUUCUAACGGCAUUUCCGGAGAUUGACGAAUAUGACAGUUUCAUGGGUGCGGAGUAUCCGGGGAAAUGGUUGGAUAGGACUGAAAUCCAACCGAGCCAGAAGGAGGAAGAGGUGGCCGCAUUAUCGGAGUCUGAUGAUGACGAGUACGAUAGUUUCCUAGGUGGUUGA